AUGCUGCAGUUCCGCACCGAGGGCUACAACGGAUCCGGCGUCAAGUACUCCCCGUUCUUCGACAACCGACUCGCCGUUUCUGCUUCUGCGAAUUUUGGUCUCGUUGGGAAUGGACGUUUAUAUAUACUCGAGCUGACUCCCAAUGGGAUUGUGCCUUCGACAAUAUUCACUACGCAAGAUGCGCUUUAUGAUCUCGCAUGGUCCGAGAUCCACGAAAACCAAGUCCUCACCGCGUCCGGUGACGGCAGCAUUAAACUGUUCGAUACCUCGGUCAACGAAUUCCCUAUACAGGCAUGGAAGGAACAUAACCGAGAAGUGUUUUCGGUAAACUGGAAUUUAGUCGCCAAGGAUCGCUUUUGCUCGAGCAGUUGGGAUGGCACAGUCAAGGUGUGGUCACCGCAACGACCACAGUCGCUUCUUACGCUGCCAACGCAUAGUUGUACCUACUCGGCGGCUUUUUCCCCGCAUUCCCCGGAUAUUUUGUCCUGUGUGACAUCCGAUUCACACGUGAGGAUAUUCGAUCUUCGCACACCGGCGUCAGCCUCGAAUCAUCUUACACUCCAGAUUCCCAUCCAUGGUGCUUCGUCGAUGCUCGUGCCGAUGAAAGCCGGCAUGUCCCCAGAAGGGGCUGGAGCGCCUCCGGCCGAAUGCCUCACUCAUGAUUGGAACAAGUACCGCUCGACAGUGCUUGCUACUGGCGGUGUUGACCGUGUGAUUCGCACAUUUGAUAUUCGGGCUCCCCAACAAGGCCCCGCUGCCAUAAUGCCAGGGCACGAAUACGCGGUCCGCAAACUUGCCUGGUCGCCACAUCUGUCCGGUCUGCUGCUGUCAGCGAGUUACGACAUGACAUGUCGAGCCUGGGAUGACCGGUCAGAAUCUCAAGGGGAUAUCGACCCCAUGCGUAUGGGACCUAGCGGGCCUGUCAUGGGCCAGGAACUGGGUCGUAUGGGUCAACAUACAGAGUUUGUCACGGGUGUUGAUUGGUGCUUGUUUGGCGCUGAAGGCUGGGCUGCCAGUGUCGCCUGGGACGAGAGAUUAUGCGUCUGGGAUGUUAGAAACUUUAUGAAAUGA